AUGAAAAUGACCCUAUUCAAAAGGCAAUCCGAUUACUCAAAGAUAAACAAGGAAGACCCAGAAGAGCUACUACACCAGCGAGCCAAGUUCUUGAUCUACAAAAAGCUUCAAGAAGCCGACUUGAUAUCUCGUCGUUCUCCUCCCACGUCGUUGUUGUUUCUACGGAUGAAAUUUUUCCGGGUGAAAGCAAUGAUCGGAAAAGAGUUGAGUAAUUUACAUCGCAGCAUAGUAUCUACCAUUAGCUUUGGCGGGAUUCGAAAGCACUCACAAGGCGGCUUUAGAGCGUUUAAGAAGAUUUUCCACGGUGGUGCAACAACCGGAUUAUCUAGGCCUGUUUUCACUCUCCAAGUUUGA